AUGGCUGAACGUCGAGCAAAUCCCGUUAGCAUUGGAAUGACUGCAAUGCGAGAGCUGGAUAAGGCCAAAAUUCGAGUAGUUGAGCAAAAUGAUGUUCUGAAAGCAGCGGAACAGUUUCUAGCUACAGCGAGACAAGAAAUGAUUCUCCUUGAUGAGAAUGGAACAAUACUGGAAGAAAAAUACAACACCGUCAGGCAAAUGAUAAACAACUUUGAAACCGGCAUAAACCGAUUAAACGAACCAUUGAACACCCACCAAUAUUCGAUAAUUUCCCGGCAAUUAGAGGAGGAAAAGAACAUGUUAUUGGAGAAAUCAUCUGAAAUCUGUCUCAUUCUCUCUGAAAUUAAUGUGCUUCUCCGCCUCGUCCUUCCCAACAUCCCACGAGAGAAACUAUUAGAAAUUAUGGAUGAGUUGAUGUCACUGGUUUCAGAUAUCGAAGAAACUGCAUCAAGUGUCCUGGCAGCUAUCCGUGACCACUGUAACGACUCGAUGACUUUGGAAAAAACUGGAAAAUGGGGGGAGCUGACGGGAAAAGUUUACUGGACCCUUACAGCAAUUCACUUGAAUCUUCCGAGUUUUAAUUUAAGCAUAAUUCAGAACAAUUUGAUUCAUAACCUGAUCACCCAUAUCAACUCGUUCUACAUGCCACGUUGGUGGGUCGCCUUUCUAGAAGUAGUCGGUAAAGAAAAAGAUGUGGAGAGUUUUUGGAGUAAAGUCUACAAGUAUCGAGACGAGUUGAAGGUGCUGACGGAGCAAGUGGAGGCAAUUCUUGGAUAUGACUAA